AUGGGAUUUAAUUAUCACCCGUCAAGUAAGGGGUCCUUACAUCGUCAUACUUUAACAAAGCCAGACUGGGGUUUCUCGGGAGUAAUUUUAAAAGAAAUGCAGUCUGCUUAUACUUGGAUUUUCACAACUGGGAUUAUUGUGUUUUUUGUGGUUAUUGUAGUAUUACUCUUCUUUACUCGUUCACCCAUUGAACUUCCAUUGUCUUUCAAUGGAGAUGUGGAGGAUAUUCCCUCAGAUUCCGAAAUCAACGUUGCUGGAUUAUCCGAAGACGCAAGACUUAGUUACGAAAGAGCUAAAAGAAAAGAUACUGACAAGAAAAACAAAAUAGCCUGGCAAGAACAUCAUCCACCUAACAGUAUUCCCACGGAUAUUACACCGCCACAGUUUGUAUCUAUUCAAGAAAAAGGAGUUUCCGCUUUUGAGUUUGAAGGAGAGCCAGAAGCGAAUUGUUUUGUAGCAGGAAGAACAGAAAUUCAGUUUAUGGAAGGAGAGAAUUGCGUACAGACAAAUUUACCCUUACCCAGAAAUCAAGAUGUAUAUUACUGGGAAGCUAAAAUGUAUGAUAUGCCCGAAUCAACAGUUGUAUCAGUUGGUGUAGCCACAAAACCUUUUCCUAGUUGGAGAUUACCAGGUUGGAAUCGUUACUCAAUUGGGUAUUUUUCAAAUAACGGUACAAAAUGCUUUAGUACACCUUUCAACAGUAAACCUUAUGGCAUGCCCUAUAAGCAUGGUGAUGUCAUUGGAGUUGGAUACAAGCAUCGUACAGGCACUAUAUUUUUUACUAAAAAUGGAAGAAAACUGGAAGAGGCCUACUCUGGAUUGAGAUGGAAUUUAUUCCCCACAAUUGGAGCUAACGGACCUUGUCAAGUUCACGUUAACUUGGGUCAAAUGGGAUUUGUUUUUGUGGAAGCCAAUGUAAAAAAAUGGGGUUUGGCCCCUUCACAAGGCACAUUAUCACCACCACCUGCUUAUGGAACAGAGCGAGACACGGUCCUGUUAGCCAUGGGGACAUCAAAUGAUGCAACUACAGUCAUUGAUAUGACUGUACCACCACCUCGUCCACCACCUUACGAAAACUUGUUGGACUAA